AUGCCACCGAUCAAUGUGCCUCCAGGACAUGAUGCCGACACAGGCGUAGAAAGAGGCGCACCGAGAAUGGAGAUUGACCAGAACGUUGUCGACACCGCCACAGACGCACCGAGACUGGAAAUUGACGAUGAAGGUGUCGCCAGAGUUGUCUUCCUUGAGCAGACAUACAAGAGUCACUUUGUCAUUGACAAGGACGAGCAUGGCGUUGCUCAAACUGUCUUUCCAAAUCCGAACAAAGAGGAGUCUCGUCUUGAUCUCAUACACCCUACGAUGGAUGGGAUGCAUUUGAGGGUGGGGGAGCAUCGAGACUCGUAUGCACGGACGAAGCUUGUUGAGCCUCGUACACCGGCAGAGCCAGCUGAAGGUGAGCAUGUUGAGCCUCCUAGAUCAGCCGCGCCAGAUGAAGGCCCGACGGUUCACGACGACACGACCGUAGAAGAAGAGAGCGGGACGAAUAUCGUUCUCGUUGCACCCAUUCCUGCUCGGCAGAUUGUCGACAUCGAGGCUGAAGACGCCAAAGAAGAGAUGGCGGUGGGCGGUCGAGCUGUCGUUGCCUCGGGAAUCGUGAACACUCAGGAAAUGGCGGUCGGUGCUGCAAAUCUUCAGGGCCCUGACUUUCCCCCGGUCGUCGCACCCUGGAAGUUCGCUGUAUUGCCUCCUCCGCUUGUCCACGAGCAUGUCGAAGAACAGCUUGCUGAAAUGUAUCCACACCUCCGAGGAAGCGACAUCCUCUGGCUUCUAGCUCGCAAUGCGGCUUUCCGACAUCCCGAUCUUUUCCAAAGUGUGGACGCAUUGGCUGAAUUCCCUGUGACGACCGUCCAUGAAAACGCUGAAGAGGCAACCGCCGAAUGGGCCGUCGUUGAUCUGGGACCGGGUGCUCUUCCGUUGUACAUACCCUGGCGACCCAGUGCUCUCCCUUCUUGUCUUGCCCACCCAGGUGAUGUUCAACCUCAUUUCGGCCAGUGGGAGCAGGGUCAGCACGAACAAUCCCUUGAAGAGCAGUCUCGUCAAGAAGCACAAGCACAAAGCAUAGAGAACAUCCCUGUCCUUCCACCAGUUGUCUCCAUGCAGAUGGCUGAUGCGCGCACUCGUGUCCGUUCCGGCUCCACGAUCCUGACCAUCAAGGGCGAGAAAUAUGUCAAAGUGGACGAGACUCACUUCCUGUACGCCGUCAACGCCGAGUACCUGCUGGGCGGUGACAAUGCAACGUUGCGAAGACACCAAUGUGCCGAGUGGUCGACGCACGUGCCCUCCCUUGCAAAUGAACGCGCUCCCCGUCCGCAGAUCCUGUUCGAGCUCUACCCGCUGGGCGAGUUCGCAUACACCGCCGAGAACGGGCGUCGUAAGCAAGCGUCUCGAGAAUUCCGACCCCAGUGUGACAUAUAUGGUCGCGUGCUUCUCAAUGCCUACGACCGACCGCUGAAGUUCUCCUACUUGAUCCCGUACAAGGUGUCCACUGAGAUCGAAGGCUGGGAGAUGGAAGCGCUUUGUCGCCUCGAUUCUGACCUCUGCACCCAAGAUUUCAUCGACCGCAUGCUCCCGGACGCGGUUGUGGGUGGGAAGGGCAGACCUACUAGGGGUACGUUGAGCAAUCGUCGUCGACAAGACCGCAUGAGACUGCGCAUUCUUCCGUGGCCAGUACCGCGCGAUCUCAGCUACUCGGAUCAGCAGCUCAUUAAGGAGCUCGGUUGGCGGUCAAUCCAGCACAAUACCACGCUGUACUUGAAGGACUUGACCAAGGACGAAAUGGACAUGCAAGAGGCCAUCAUGUACGGAGGACAUUUUGAGCGCUCGGGAGCCAAGCAUGCAUUGCAUGACCAGGCGAGAUUGCAGCGGCUCUGGGUCAACCUGAGGCUGGUGAGGACGAGGUUUGCCGAGAAUAGCGACGAGGUUCAGCUGGUGAAGGGCCGAGUCGUACAAUUGCUGCAGAAGAUGGGCAGAGAGCGUGACGCCGCGGUGGUAUCUGGGUGGGUACCUAGGUAG